AUGCCCCAAGCCAUGUUCACAGUAAACAAGAUGCUUCUUAAUCUAUGCACGAAAGGGAAUUGGCAUGCCAUGGUCAUGCCAGCUGUGGUCAUGUUCGAUGGAUCAGUAAUACUCUGGGACAUAAGAGAUCUUCACAUCAAAGACCACAGGAACAUUCGUGUCAACAUUGAGUUCGACUACGCCUCCCACAUCGCCUGGAGUCCAGACUCCAGGGGUUUCGUGGUUCACACCGUCCAGGAGAACCGCAUCAUGGGAUACAAGGUGGAGAAGAAGAAGGACGUCAUCGCUUCCGCUGUUCACGCAAUAACGUUUGAUAAGGUGCACAACGAAGAAGUGGUCGGCUUUGGUAUAUCAAGUAACGGAAAGUUCAUGAUGUCCUGCUCCUCCAAGACCGACAUGAUCAUCUACGACCUUAAGGGUCAGGUCCUGGAGCGACUCGACACCUACCUGAUGUCCACGCACAUGGCCAAGAUCUCCCCCUGUGGCCGCUUCGUCGUCGCCACCGGCUUCUCCCCAGAUGUCAAAGUUAUGGAGGUGUGCUUCACUAAGAACGGGGACUUCAAGCAGGUGACCAAGGCGUUCGAGCUGACUGGGCACAAUUCUGGUGUCUACGACGUCGCGUUCACCCCGGACACUUCGCAUAUUGCUACCAUCUCGAAGGAUGGAACCUGGAAACUUUAUCAUACUAACAUAAACUACACUCGCGGGGAAUCCCCUCACGUGCUAGAGACUGGAUCCUACACUCCAGGUGCCAACCCACCACGCAUCGCUCUGUCUCCCAACGCUGAGGUGUUGGCGGUGGCCUGUGAUGCCGACGUGGCCUUCUACGAUACGUAUACGGGCAAGCUGUUUGGAACAGUCGAAAAUGUCUAUAACAAUACGAUAAACUAUAUUUCCUUCGACCCAUCCAGCCAGUAUCUGUUCGUGGGCGGUGAUCGCGCAGUGCGGAUCCUCCACAACGUCUGCGGAUACUCCACCAGCAUCGACUCCUGCACGAGACUUCUCGCCACCAAGCAGACCUCCGCGACGGUAGAAAGACUCAACAAGACGAUACAAGACUGCAAGGAGAAGCUGGCGAAAUUUGAACUGUAG